AUGGCGACCAUGGUCGAUGCCGCUCGCCCGGCCCUGGUGAGCGAUGCAGAUCUCAUGCAAGCACGAGCCGCUCUCCAGCACCAGCAAUCCAGCGAGAUCUCCGUCCCCCGCGAAUUCAUCAGCCUCAUCGUCGAAGAACUCAUUUACCGCCGCGAUGCCCAUUCCUCCAUCGCAAAGAUCGAACAUGAAUGCUCCCACCUUCGAAAAGAGCUUCGCAAACACACCCACAUCAAUGAAGCUUUUCAGAAAGAGUUACGGGAGAUCGGCGAAAUCAUUACACAGGUCGCCCACGGUGAUCUCUCACAGCGGGCCCGCAUGCACCCGUUGGAAAUGUCGCCUGAUAUCGCCACCUUUAAGCAGACAAUCAAUACCAUGAUGGACCAGUUGCAGGUCUUCAGUCAAGAGGUGUCGAAAGUCGCCAGGGAAGUGGGCACCGAGGGUGUUCUCGGUGGUCAGGCGAAGAUCGAGGGCAUCCAAGGCAUUUGGCAUGAGCUGACGGUUAACGUGAAUGCCAUGGCCAAUAACCUCACUACCCAGGUCCGCGAUAUCACUACCGUCACUACCGCUGUUGCCAAGGGAGACUUGCAGCGCAAAGUGCAAGCGGACUGCAAGGGUGAGAUUCUGCUACUGAAGAAUAUAAUCAACUCGAUGGUGGAUCAGCUACGGGAGUUUGCAUUCGAGGUUAGUCGAGUUGCUCGCGAGGUCGGGUCCGACGGCGUGCUGGGUGGUCAAGCCGUAGUGCACGGCGUGGAGGGUACCUGGAAAAAUCUCACCGAGAACGUGAAUCGCAUGGCAUCGAACUUGACGCAGCAAGUCCGCGAGAUUGCCGAUGUGACCACUGCCGUUGCACGAGGUGAUCUGACGAAGAAAGUGACUGCAGAUGUGAAAGGAGAAAUUUUGGAUUUGAAACUUACGAUCAAUGCGAUGGUUGAUCGGUUGAACCAGUUCGCGUUCGAGGUCAGUCGAAUGGCCCGAGAAGUAGGAACAGACGGCACGCUGGGUGGACAAGCAAAGGUUGAAAAUGUCGAAGGUCGCUGGCGAGAUUUGACAGAUAACGUCAACACCAUGGCGCAGAACCUGACGCUCCAGGUUCGACAAAUUUCCAACGUGACACAGGCUAUCGCGCGCGGAGAUCUCAGUACCAAAAUCGAAGUUCACGCGCAGGGUGAAAUUUUGACACUCAAAGAAACGAUCAACAGCAUGGUAGAUGGAUUAGGUGAGUUCGCACGCGAGCUCAAAGGUGUAGCGAGAGACGUCGGCGUCAAUGGUAAACUCGGCGGACAAGCGAAUGUUGCCGGAUCACACGGAAUUUGGCGAUCGAUCAGUGAAGAUGUCAAUACGAUGGCAGACAACCUGACUUCGCAAGUGCGCGCAUUCGGCGAGAUCACCGAAGCAGCAAUGAGUGGCGAUUUCACCAAGUUGAUCACGGUUUCUGCCUCCGGAGAAAUGGAUGAUUUGAAACAGAAGAUCAAUAAAAUGAUCUCGAGUCUGCGCGACAGCAUUCAGCGCAAUACCGCUGCGCGUGAAGCGGCAGAGCUAGCAAAUCGAAGCAAGUCUGAAUUCUUGGCCAACAUGAGUCAUGAGAUCAGAACACCAAUGAAUGGGAUCAUUGGACUCUCAAGUCUGGCACUCGACACGGAUGAGCUCCAAGCACCUGUCAGAGAGACUUUGAAUAUGGUCCACAACCUUGCCAUUAGUCUGUUGACCAUCAUCGACGACAUACUUGACAUCUCCAAAAUCGAGGCAAACCAUAUGAUGAUCGAGAAGAUGCCAUUCAGUCUUGGCUCAACGGUCUUCAGUGUGCUGAAAGCUCUCUCAGUCGAGACCAAUGAGAAAGCACUUGGAUUGGUUUAUACUGUGAGCGGAGAAGUUCCCGACUACCUGAUCGGAGACGCAUACCGAUUAAGACAGGUGAUGUUGAACCUUGUCGGGAAUGCAGUCAAAUUCACAGACCAUGGCGACAUCAAAGUCGAAAUCAAACGAGCCAACGAUGAAAAGUGUGCUGCCGACGAGACAGCGUUCCAAUUCUCCGUCUCAGAUCCGGGCAUUGGCAUCGACGAAAGCAAGCUCGGGAUGAUCUUCGAUAAGUUCCAACAGGCAGACGGUUCGAUGACUCGACGCUUCGGCGGCACAGGGCUUGGCCUGGCAAUUUCGAAACGACUUGUCUCUCUCAUGGGUGGCGAUAUCUGGGUGACCUCAAACGUAGGCCACGGAAGCACAUUCUCAUUCACCUGUCGCGUGAAGCUCGCCCAGCCCCCACAGAGCUUUGCCGACCAGCUCGUUCCUCACAAGGGGAGAAGGGUUCUCUUCCUUGACCAUGGUCUGACACAAAGCUUCCCAAUACUAUCAGUGUUGACGGACCUCGGGUUAGACCCCAUGGUUGUGACAGAAGAACAGCUAGCAUGCGGUCAGUUCCAAGGUGACUGGGCCUGCUCUUUCGAUGCCAUCCUUGUUGAAAAUCUGGAAACUGCUGCCAAGCUCCGCUCAUGCACGAAUCUCCAACCAAUCCCGCUGGUCAUCACGUCACACGAAGUCUCAUUAGCGCUUCGAGCUGCCGGUGAACUCGGCAUCACAUCGUACAUCACAGUACCCUGCCGCCCCAUCGAUCUAUGGAGUGGCAUUCUACCUGCCCUUGGGAAUCGCGCAACUCGUACGCCGUCAGGAUACACGCGAUCACUGGCAAUCCUCCUCGCAGAAGAUAACGACGUCAAUCAAAAGGUAGCAGUGCGCAUCCUAGAAAAGUUCAACCACACUGUCACCGUCGUCGAAAACGGUCUUCAGGCCGUGAAAGAAGUCCAACUGCAUCGCUACGAUGUGAUCCUUAUGGAUGUCCAAAUGCCUGUGAUGGGCGGUUUUGAAGCAACAGGGAAUAUCAGGCAGUACGAGAAAAUGAAUGCACUGCCUCGAACACCCAUCAUUGCUCUUACCGCACACGCCAUGCUGGGUGAUCGCGACAAGUGCAUAUCAGCCGGCAUGGAUGACUAUCUAUCCAAGCCCUUGGAUUCUGGUCGCAUGAUGCAGACGAUUUUGAAAUGCUCGGAUAUGAACAUCCCUUCAUUAACUGCCAUUGAGGGUUGA